AUGCACAUACACAAAUACAGGCGUACAGUCGCAACAUCUUAAAAAAUUGAAACUUAUAUUUUGCAGCGUAAAAACUUAUUUGGCCAAUUUGCAUAUAGCUAAUUUAAAGUUUCAUUGUAAUGAACGAUACCGCUGUGUUGAAUUCAAUGUCGUAGGGCCGCAGAUAGCAAGUAUUUUACAAGAAAUCACAACAUGAUUGCAUCCGAAUCGGAGGCUAUAAACUCGGCCACUUAUGUGGAUAAUUAUCUUGAUUCCGUGGAGAAUCUACCUGACGAUGUUCAACGCCAGUUGUCUCGCAUACGUGAUAUAGACGUGCAGUACCGAGGACUAAUACGAGAUGUGGAUCACUACUAUGAUCUUUAUGUGCUGCAUCAAAACUCGCCAGACACAAACCGCCGAUGUCGUUCCAUAGCGCGUAUGCACCAAAGCUUAAUACAGGCACAGGAACUGGGUGAUGAGAAAAUGCAGAUUGUUAAUCUCCUACAGGAGAUAAUAGACGGUAAAGUCAGACAAUUGGACACAGAUCAGCAGAAUCUCGAUUUAAAGGAGGAGCGGGAACGUUACGCGCAGCUUGACGAUGGCCCGCCAUCAAAGAUUCAGAGGUUACAGAGUCCAAUGUGUGAUCAGGGCAACAGUGCGGGAAACAACGUGUUAAAUAGUAGCGGACUGGGCAACUCAACUAACUCCGUUGCCAAGGACCAUUAUGGAGGACUGCCUUUUGGUGCUGUCAUGGGCGUAACAGCUUCUGGCGGCGGCAUAAGUGGCAAUGGAGGAGGUUCAACGCCGACGUACGAUCGUUCGAGCCACUUGAACAGCAGUGGCAACGGCUUCAAUGGCACCUUUUGUGGCAGUAAUAGCGAGCUCCAGCGUUCAGGAAGUAAACGUUCACGACGACGCAACGAAAGUUUACCCAACAAUGGCAGCUCCACCGAAAUGGGCGGCAAUGAAUCGAAUUCGGCUAACGAAGCUGGUAGUAGUGGGAACGGAACUAGUGAUCGGAAGGCUUCUAUGGGCAGUUCCGGUGGCUUGGGCCAACGUAAAAGCCAAGUGCAGUUAUCAAGUGGAGGUGUUGCUAGUGGCACAGGUGGCGGUACCGGCAAUGGCGGUGGCAGCAAUUCUGGCAAAAAGAAGAAACGCAAAGUGCGUGGCGCGGGCGCUUCGAAUACAGCGACGAAUGCUCGUGAAGAAACGCCUCCGCCAGAACCCAUCGAUCCAGACGAGCCAACGUACUGCGUCUGUAAUCAGAUUUCUUUUGGGGAAAUGAUACUCUGCGACAACGACCUGUGCCCCAUUGAGUGGUUCCAUUUCUCGUGCGUUUCCCUUGUGCUGAAGCCAAAGGGCAAGUGGUUUUGUCCAAACUGUCGCGGUGAGCGGCCAAAUGUCAUGAAGCCGAAGGCGCAAUUUCUUAAGGAACUCGAGCGCUACAACAAGGAAAAGGAGGAGAAAACUUAAAUUAUCUUGUUAUAAAAGUUUUGUGUUAAACACUUAGCCAUUACAAUUAGACCAGGGCUCAGCACUAUGUACAUUAUUCGCUUCUUAAAAUGUAGUUAAUGUAAACACCCUUUCACAAACGGAA